AAAGCGCAGCUGCGGGCGGACUGAAUGGAGUAGACGGAGAGUCGGAGGGACCCUAAAAUUUAGGGGCGGGGAUCCUAGACUUGAACCUGCUCACCCGCUGAGGUUGGGGAAACCGUGUGCUGCAGAAUUCUGGCCCCCGGAGGGUUUGAGCUGGGAAGAUAGCGCGGGCGUGGGCCUUAUCUGCACACCCACAGGAGACACUGGUCCUAGGGCCUCUAUAUCACUCAUUUCCCCUGGUUUCCCCUAUCUGGUGGGUAAGUCCUGACCUCUGAACGAAGACUUCACUCUUCUACCAGCAAGUACACGCGCGCUCUGCCUUAGAUGCUCACAAAUAAGCCUUACAAUGGGCCGGACUGUGAUCGUGCUUGGCGGGGGUAUCAGUGGAUUGGUCGCAAGUUAUCAUCUGAUCCGAGGCCCCUGUCCCCCUAAGGUGAUCUUAGUGGAGGGCAGCAAGCGUUUGGGAGGUUGGAUCCGCUCAGUCCGAGGAUCAGAUGGUGCUAUCUUUGAACUUGGACCUCGAGGAAUUAGGCCAGCUGGAGUGUUGGGAGCCCGGACCCUGCUCCUGUGUCUCCUCUUCCUGAGGGCUUGUGGAGAACAGGUUUCUGAGCUUGGCUUGGAGUCAGAAGUCUUGCCUGUCCCGGGGAAUCAUCCAGCUGCCCAGAACAGGUUCCUGUAUGUAGGUGGUGCCCUGCACCCCCUACCCUCUGGCCUCAGGGGGCUACUCCGCCCUUCACCCCCCUUCUCCAAACCUCUGUUUUGGGCUGGGCUGAGGGAUUUGAUGAAGCCCAGGGGCAAAGAGCCUGAUGAGACUGUGCACAGUUUUGCCCAGCGCCGCCUUGGACCUGAGGUGGCAUCUUUAGCCAUGGACAGUCUUUGCCGAGGAGUGUUUGCAGGCAACAGUCGUGAGCUCAGUGUCCGGUCCUGCUUUCCCAGUCUCUUCCAAGCUGAGCAAGCCCAUCGGUCCAUAUUACUGGGGCUGCUGCUGGGGGCAGGACGGAGUCCACAGCCAGACUCCUCAUUAAUUCGUCAGGCCCGGGCUGAGCGGUGGAGCCAGUGGUCACUCCGUGGAGGGCUGGAGAUGUUGCCCCAGGCCCUUCACAACCACCUAACCAGUAAAGGAGUCACUGUUUUCAGAGGCCAGCCGGUCUGCGGGCUCAGCCUCCAGCCAGAAGGGCGCUGGAAGGUGUCUCUAGGGGACAGCAGUCUGGAGGCUGACCACAUUAUCAGUGCCAUUCCAGCUGCAGUGCUCAGCAAGCUGCUCCCUGCCGAGGCUGCACCUCUAGCUCAUGUCCUGAGUACCAUCACUGCCGUAUCUGUCGCUGUGGUGAAUCUGCAGUACCAAGGAGCUUGUCUGCCUGUUCAAGGAUUUGGACAUUUGGUGCCAUCAUCAGAAGACCCAACUGUCCUGGGAGUCGUGUAUGACUCAGUUGCUUUUCCUGAGCAGGAUGGGAACCCCCCAGGCCUCAGAGUAACUGUGAUGUUGGGAGGCUACUGGUUACAGAAGCUAGAAGCUAAUGGUCACGAAUUGUCUCCAGAGCUGUUCCAACAGCAAGCACAGGAAGCAGUUGCUACACAAUUAGGACUGAAGGAGCGACCAAGUCACUGCUUGGUCCAUCUACACAAGAACUGUAUCCCUCAGUAUACACUAGGACACUGGCAAAAACUAGAGUCGGCUAUGCACUUCCUGACUGCUCAAAGGUUGCCCCUGACUUUGGCUGGAGCUUCCUAUGAGGGGGUCGCUGUCAAUGACUGUAUAGAGAGUGGACGUCAGGCGGCAGUUGCUGUCCUGGGCACAGAAUCUAACAGCUGAUUUCCCUUCUCCCACUCACGAAAAUAAAAGUUGCUGGAACUUGA